AUGGCUUCCAGAUUAGAGGAGGAUCUCUGCUGUCCGGUCUGUCAGGAGGUCUUCAGAGAUCCUGUUCUUCUGUCAUGUAGCCACAGCUUCUGUAAAGUCUGUCUAAAGAACUGGUGGAAAAAGAAUCCAUUACACGACUGUCCAGUUUGUAAGAGAAGAUCUUCAAGAGAUGAUCCACCUGUUAGUCUGGUGCUGAGGAACCUGUGUGAGUCCUUCUUACAGGAGAGAGAUCAGACAUCUCCAGAGGCUCUCUGCAGUCUGCACUCUGAGAAACUCAGACUCUUCUGUCUGGACCAUCAGCAGCCAGUGUGUCUCGUCUGCAGAGAUUCAGAAAAACACUCCAACCACAGAUUCAGUCCCAUCGAUGAAGCUGCAACAGAUCUAAAGAAGAUCCUUCAGGAAACUCUGGAACUCUUGAAGGAGAAGUUAAAGGUUUAUGAAGAAGUUAAAGUGAAGUUUGAUGCAACAGAAAAACACAUCAAGGUCCAGGCCCGACACACAGAGAGGCAGAUUAAGGAGCAGUUCAAGAAGCUCCACCAGUUUCUAGCAGAGGAAGAGGAGGCCAGGAUGGCUGCACUGAGGGAGGAAGAGGAGCAGAAGAGUCAGAUGAUGAAGGAGAAGAUGGAGGCUCUGAGCAGAGAGAUAGCAGCUCUUUCAGACACAGUCAGAGCCACAGAGGAGGAGCUGAGAGCUGAAGACGUCUCAUUCCUCAACAACUACAAGGCUGCAGUGGAAAGAGUCCAGCGCUGCCCCCUGCUGGAUGCUCCACAGCUGCCCUCAGGAGCUCUGAUAGACCAGGCCAAACAUCUGGGCAACCUGGCCUUCAACAUCUGGAGCAACAUGAAGGACCUGGUCUCCUACACUCCUGUCAUUCUGGAUCCAAACACUUCCGUUCCAACAAUGAUUCUGUCUGAAGAUCUGACCAGUGUGAGAUUAGGAAAGAAACAACAACUUCCUGAUAAUCCAGAGAGGUUUGAUCAUUACAGUUCUGUCCUGGGCUCUGAGGGCUUUAACUCAGGGACUCAUAGCUGGGAUGUUGAAGUUGGAGAUAACACAAGGUGGUUUCUGGGUGUGUUAGCAGAGUCUGUCCAGAGGAAGGGAAGCAUACGAUUUGGAUUGUGGGGAAUAUGGUUCAAUGAAGGUACAUACUCAACAUGUUCACCAUCAGAUCGUUCCACUGAUAUCCAAAUAAAAAAAAAGUUCCAGAGGAUCAGAGUGAAUCUGGACUGGAACAGAGGAAAUCUGUCCUUCUCUGAUCUUGAUACUAACACACACAUACACACCUUCACACACACUUUCACUGAGAGGAUGUUUCCACUCAUUUCAAAUGCUGACAAACUCCCAGUGAAGAUUUUACCAGUGAAUCAGAUCAUCGAGGUGAUGGCUUCCAGAUUAGAGGAGGAUCUCUGCUGUCCGGUCUGUCAGGAGGUCUUCAGAGAUCCUGUUGUUCUGUCAUGUAGCCACAGCUUCUGUAAAGUCUGUCUGAAGAACUGGUGGAGAGACAAACCAACACAGGAGUGUCCAGUUUGUAAGAGAAGAUCUUCAAGAGAUGAUCCACCUUUAAACUUGGUGCUGAGGAACCUGUGUGAGUCCUUCUUACAGGAGAGAGAUCAGAGAUCUCCAGAGGCUCUCUGCAGUCUGCACUCUGAGAAACUCAGACUCUUCUGUCUGGACCAUCAGCAGCCAGUGUGUGUCGUCUGCAGAGAUUCAGAAAAAUACACCAACCACAGAUUCAGACCCAUUGAAGAAGCUGCACGACAGCACAAGAAGAACCUUCAGGAAACUCUGGAGCUCUUAAAGGAGAAGUUAAAGGUUUAUGAAGAAGUUAAAGUGAAGUUUGAUGAAACAGAAAAACACAUCAAGGUCCAGGCCCGACACACAGAGAGGCAGAUUAAGGAGCAGUUCAAGAAGCUUCACCAGUUUCUAGCAGAGGAAGAGGAGGCCAGGAUGGCUGCACUGAGGGAGGAAGAGGAGCAGAAGAGUCAGAUGAUGAAGGAGAAGAUGGAGGCUCUGAGCAGAGAGAUAGCAGCUCUUUCAGACACAGUCAGAGCCACAGAGGAGGAGCUGAGAGCUGAAGACGUCUCAUUCCUCAACAACUACAAGGCUGCAGUGGAAAGAGUCCAGCGCUGCCCCCUGCUGGAUGAUCCACAGCUGCCCUCAGGAGCUCUGAUAGACCAGGCCAAACAUCUGGGCAACCUGGCCUUCAACAUCUGGAACAACAUGAAGGACCUGGUCUCCUACACUCCUGUCAUUCUGGAUCCAAACACUGCUGAUCCAAGACUGAUCCUGUCUGAAGAUCUGACCAGUGUGAGAGGAGGAGAUAAACAACAACUUCCUGAUAAUCCAGAGAGGUUUGAUUAUAACUGUUCUGUCCUGGGCUCUGAGGGCUUUAACUCAGGGACUCACAGCUGGGAUGUUGAUGUUGGAGAUAACAGAUUGUGGGGACUGGGUGUGUUAGCAGAGUCUGAUCAGAGGAAGGGACGCAUACGAUCUGGAUUGUGGAGAAUAGGGUUCUAUAAAGGUAAAUACUCAACAUAUUCACCACCAGAUCCUUCCACUUUUCUCCCAGUAGAGAAGAAGUUCCAGAGGAUCAGAGUGAAUCUGGACUGGAACAGAGGAAAUCUGUCCUUCUCUGAUCCUGAUACUAACACACACAUACACACCUUCACACACACUUUCACUGAGAGGAUGUUUCCUUUCAUUAUGACUGUGGAGAAGGUGAAGAUUUUACCAGUGAAUGUCUCUGUGUCAGUGAAUCAGAUCAAUUAGAGACAAACAGGAUGAUUAUUAAUGUUUAUUGGGUUGUAACAACUAAUCAGUGUCAGUGAUCAUAUAAACUGUAGUUUUGUCGUCAUGGUGU